AUGAAAACGCUGCUACCACUUGACAAGCUCGUCAUAUCGCAGCUUGGCACCAUAGCCCAGCGGCGCCUCGCCCGUGGCGUCAAGCUCAACCACUCCGAGGCCGUCGCUCUCAUCUCCCACAACAUCCAGGAACUCAUCCGCGAUGGAAACCACAAGGUCGCCGACCUCAUGGCCCUCGGGUCGACGAUGCUGGGCCGUCGCCACGUGCUGCCGUCUGUCUGCACCACGCUGCACGAGAUCCAGGUCGAGGGCACCUUCCCCAACGGCACGUACCUCGUCACUGUGCACGAGCCCGUCAAGACCGACGACGGCGACCUGGCGCGCGCGCUGUACGGCAGCUUCUUGCCCGUGCCCGACAACAGCCUGUUCCCGCUCGAGGCCGCCGCGGCCUACGAGGCGGCCGCGCAGCCGGGCGCUGUGGUCGUCGUGAAGCAGACCAAAGACAACAUGAUUCGCCUCAACGAGGGCCGCGAGCGCACACGCCUCAGCGUCACCAACAAGGGCGACCGCCCCGUGCAGGUCGGCAGCCACUACCACUUUAUCGAGACCAACCCGCAGCUGCUGUUCGACCGCAAGCGGGCCUACGGCUUCCGCCUCGACAUCCCCGCCGGCACGUCCAUCCGCUUCGAGCCCGGCGACACCAAGACCGUGCCGCUCGUCGCGAUCGGCGGCCACCGCGUCAUCCGCGGCGGCAACAACCUGGCGUCGGGCCCCGUGGACCUGUCGCGCGUCGACGACAUCCUCGCGCGCCUGCAAAAGGCCGGCUUCGGGCAUGCGCCCGAGCCGCUGACCGACGCGCCCUUGGACCGGGCGGCCUUUGAAAUGACGCGCCAGGCGUACCAGACCAUGUUCGGCCCGACCACGGGCGACGUGGUGCGGCUGGGCGCGACGGACCUGUGGAUCGAGGUCGAGAAGGACUACACGGUGCGCGGCGACGAGUGCAAGUUUGGCGGCGGCAAGACGCUGCGCGAGGGCAUGGGCCAGGCGUCGGGCCGGGCCGACAAGGACUGCCUGGACCUGGUGAUUGUCAAUGCGCUGGUGCUCGACUGGACGGGCAUCUACAAGGCCGACAUUGGCGUCAAGGAGGGCAUCAUUGUCGGCAUCGGCAAGGCCGGCAACCCGGACGUCAUGGACGGCGUGCACCCGGCCAACAUGAUUGUGGGCAGCUGCACCGAGGUCGUGGCCGGCGAGAACAAGAUCAUCACGGCCGGCGGCAUCGACACCCACAUUCACUACAUCUGCCCGCAGCAGGCGUACGAGGCCCUCGCGUCGGGCGUCACCACCCUGCUGGGCGGCGGCACGGGCCCCACGGCCGGCACGGCCGCCACGACGUGCACGCCGGGUGCGCACUACAUGAAGCAGAUGCUGCAGGCGGUCGACACGCUGCCCGUCAACCUGGGCAUCACGGGCAAGGGCAACGACAGCGAUCCCAAGGCGCUGCGCGAGCAGGUGGUGGCCGGUGCGUGCGGCCUGAAGCUGCACGAGGACUGGGGCUCGACGCCCGCGGCCAUUGACGCCUGUCUCACCGUGUGCGACGAGCUGGACGUGCAGUGCCUGAUCCACACGGACACGCUCAACGAGUCGGGCUUUGUCGAGAGCACCAUCGCCGCCUUCAAGGGCCGCACCAUCCACACGUACCACACGGAGGGCGCCGGCGGCGGGCACGCGCCCGACAUCAUCUCGGUGGUGGGCGAGAGCAACGUGCUGCCGUCGAGCACGAACCCGACGCGGCCGUACACGGUCAACACGCUCGACGAGCACCUGGACAUGCUCAUGGUGUGCCACCACCUGUCCAAGGACAUCCCCGAGGAUAUUGCCUUUGCCGAGUCGCGCAUCCGCGCGGAGACCAUUGCCGCCGAGGACGUCAUGCACGACCUCGGGGCCAUCAGCAUGCUGAGCUCCGACUCGCAGGCCAUGGGCCGCUGCGGCGAGGUCGUGCUGCGCACGUGGAACACCGCACACAAGAACAAGGUGCAGCGCGGCAAGCUGCCCGAGGACAAGGGCACGCCCGCCGACAACUUCCGCGCCAAGCGCUACGUGUCCAAGUACACCAUCAACCCGGCGCUCGCGCAGGGCAUGGCCCACCUGAUUGGCAGCAUCGAGGUCGGCAAGCUGGCCGACCUGGUCGUCUGGGACCCCGCGUGGUUCGGCACCAAGCCCACCUCCGUCAUCAAGAGCGGCAUGAUUGCGUGCGCGCAAAUGGGCGACCCCAACGCGUCCAUCCCGACCGUGCAGCCCAUCAUCGCGCGGCCCAUGUUUGCGCCCCUCGUGCCCGCGACCUCGGUGCUGUUUGUGAGCGAGGCGAGCAUUGCCCAGGGCGUCGUGCAGACGUACGGCCUGCGCAAGCGCAUCGAGGCCGUGCGCGGCUGCCGCAGCGUCUCCAAGAAGGACAUGCGCUUCAACGACGCGACGCCCGCGGUCCAGGUCGACCCAGAGGCGUACACGGUGCUGGCCGAUGGGGUGCCGUGCACAGCAGAGCCCAGCGAACUGCUGCCGUUGUCGCAGCAAUUCUUUGUGUACUGA